GGGACAUCAAUACGAAUUUUUGUGGUAAAACUUACCUUUCACCUAUCACACCGGAAAUCACAUGUACCUCGGUGAACAAAAUUCAAAAUGUUUUCAUCUCAAGGAUUUGAUCUUCACGGUAGUUCCGGAGUUGAACCAAUGACAAUGGGGUCCCCAACAAGUCCAACCUCUCCCCACCAGACACCAUUUUUACCCAGUUUUCUGAUGGGAGAAUCAAUUCACCACAGUCCAGGUCCCCAGCACUGGUCUGCAGCAAGCCCUCCUUCCUCUACACCAAGAGUCCCCUCAGUCACCUCUCCUACUGGACAUCACUCAGGAUCAAGGCCAAGGCCAGAGGUAUUGCGCCCAAAAGACAGAACUGGAGCACCCCCCACCAAAAGUCUUUUGACAAGUCCAAGCAGUGCCAUGUCUGGGUCUUUUCAUACUCACCACACACCACACCAUGACCACAGUUUACACAUGAAGUCAGUUCACACACCAGGCACUGGGGCUCCACCCACUGCAAGUAUUUUACACAAUGAAACUCCCCAUGGUGCAAGUCAAAGUUUUAUGAUGGACAAUUCUAUGGGUCUGUCACCAGCACAACUUGACCCAUUUUAUACUCAAGGAGAAAUGUUGACAGCUGAUGAUGCCUUAGAUGAAACCUGGGUAACAGUGUUUGGAUUUCAAGCUGCUGCAGCAUCCUAUUUCCUACAACAGUUUUCACAGUAUGGCAACAUUUUGAAGUAUGAGAUUGCCUCUGAAGGAAACUGGAUGCAUCUUCACUACCAGUCUAAACUGCAGGCAAAGAAAGCACUCAGCAAGGAUGGCAAAAUCUUCAAUAACUGUGUGAUGAUUGGGGUCAAACCAUGUAUUGAUAAGGUGGUUAUGGACAGAGACAGAAAGGCCAGCCUUGCUGAGGAACACUCCCUGGACCUGAACACCUCCUCAGCUGCAAGGAACACGCCCAUACGCCCCCUCACCGCAGCCUACAAGGCUGCCAGGAGUGACCAUGAGGUUGUCAAGAAUAACCAGACCCCACAAAAAAAUUCCACAUUUAUAGGCAAGACAAUGGAGUAUAUGUUUGGCUGGUGACACAACAGAGGACUAUCAUUUUAUACACAUGUAUUGGUGCAAUGAAAUGUUUUUUCUUAUUAAAUCUAUCUAUUUUA